AUGGGUGCAGCCUCUGCGAACGGUGCCUCAACAGAACUGCCCUACCUCGACCUAGCCUAUGACCAUGCCAACUCAGAGGCCACAGCGAAGGAGCUAGUGUAUACGAUACAACCAAAGUGGCGAGAAUGUCCAGACGAGAUCAAGAUUGUUCAAUUCAAGGAAGGCAUCACAAAUACCCUGUUCAAAUUGGCCCGUCAUGGCCCUGGAAUGACGCAGGAGGACAUCGAUGCCAAUUCUGUUCUUAUGCGCGCAUACGGUAACAACACCGACAUUUUGAUUGAUCGCGACCGCGAAGCCACCUCACAUCUAACAUGCGCCAAGCAUGGCCUGGCGCCUCCUCUGCUAGCUCGUUUCAACAACGGUCUACUGUACCGAUACAUUCCAGGAGAUGUAUGUACUCCUCAGGACCUUAUAGACGAGAGCGUCUGGCGUCCUGUCGCCCGUCAACUUGGAAAGUGGCACGCAACCUUGCCCAUUGAGUCAGCGUCCGCAAUCAACGGAGAGGGGUGCGCAAAUGGACAUGCCAAGGGAAUAGCUGGACGGAAGCCAUCCCCUAAUAUCUGGACCGUAAUGCGCCGCUGGGUUGAAGCGCUUCCACAACAGAGCCCCAAAGAACAGGCAAGGAAGCAAUUCCUGGAACGAGAGCUAGAGCAAUCUUUCCAGGAGCUCGACAAUACCCGCGGUCCGGGACGGUCUGGUUUUGUUUUCGGCCACUGUGAUCUCCUGAGCGCCAAUGUCAUCAGAACCAAUGUCGUAGAUGGUCAGCAGAAUGUUGCUUUUAUCGACUACGAGUAUGCGGUCACCUGUCCAGCGGCAUUCGACAUCGCGAACCACUUCGCCGAGUGGGGCGGUUAUGAUAACAUGCUACCUACCAGGUCGAUCCGACAUGAGUUCCUGGCGGAGUACUUGUCAUCUUACAACAAGUACGGCACCAGUCCCGUGCCCAAUGCGACUUCCUUGGACACCCUGGAACUCGAAGUGGAUCGAUUCCGUGGCAUGCCUGGUUUGUACUGGGGCAUCUGGGCACUGAUCCAGGCUCAGAUCUCGCUCAUCGAUUUUGACUACGCUUCGUAUGCAGAAGUCAGGCUAGGUGAAUACUCUGCCUGGAGAGACGAGGUAACGGGACAACGGCAGAAAGAGAAUACAGAAGCCCCUCUACGGGAAAGGAGAUGGGCGGAGACCUAG